AUGAUCUUUAGACCUAAAUUUCCUGGAAGACAGCCUGCAAAAAAGCUUGAUAUCGUAAUUGAACCUAAAGUGUGAGUAGUACCACAAGAGGCUAAAUCAGAACAAAAAAUUAUAAAUCAUGGAAAUGAGGAUAAGCAAUCAGAAGAUAUGGACUUAAGUUCUCCUUCUCCAGUCAGAUCCCCUGAGCAUAUCACAUAUGAGAAUCCCUCAUUUCCAGUUCCAUACUCCACUUCUCAAAUUUCAAUCCCAAAUGUAAGUGAGCUAAAAGAAUUUUUACCAAGUCCAGUAUUUGAAUAUAAAGGCAUAGAAUGUCCAAGAUCUCGAAGUCGGUCACCGCCCACUCCAAGACAAGAAAGCCCAAUUUUUGAAGAAAAUAAGCAACUUCCAAGCACAAUUCAGCCUAAACCUCUAUCACCAAAGCCAAAAAAAGCUAAAAAGACCACUUCAGAUAGCGAAGAUGAUAUGUUUGCAAAAACCCCUUCUGAUGAAAGCGGAGACGAAGACAUUAUAAGAGGAAAAGGAGAAGAAAUGGACGACACGCAUGGAUACUUUGUCCCUCAAGUUGGAGAAGUACUUUUAGAUUUAGCUGCCAGGAGAAGAUACAAAAUUCAAGCUUUGAAAGGAAGAGGGGUCUAUUCUUGCGUUGUCCAAGCUAAAGAUAUGGAAUCAAACCAAAGUUAUGCAAUAAAAAUACUGCGAAAUAUCGAGGUCAUGAUAAAAUCAGGACAAAAAGAAAUUAGAUUUCUAGCACAAUUGAAUGAGGCGGACCCAAAGGAUAGGAGACAUAUACUCAGGCUAAAAGGGAAUUUCACUCAUCAAACUCAUUUAUGCAUUUGUUUUGAAGAACUUGGAAUGAAUCUCAGAGAAGUUCUAAAUAAGCAUGGAGCAGGAGUUGGAAUUUCUCUGGUUGCUGUAAGAUCAUAUGGAAAGCAAGCCUUUAUAGCUCUCGCAUUUAUGAAAACACAAAAAAUGAUGCAUUUUGACAGUAAGAUUUAUAUAGUAAAACCUGAUAAUAUCUUAAUAACCGAAGAUUUGAGGAAAAUUAAGCUUUCAGAUUUUGGAAAUGCUGUUGUUGAAGGAGAAAAUGCUAUUAGCGAAAAUAUCGUUGCUAGGUUUUAUAGACCUCCAGAAAUUAUUUUGGGGUAUUCGUGUGAUUAUGCUGUUGAUGUUUGAAGCUUAGGUUGCACGCUAUUUGAGUUAUAUACAAGCCGAGUAUUAUUCCCAGGGGCUACUAAUUCUCAUAUGCUGAAAUUAAUAAUGGAAGUUAAAGGAGUUAUGCCCAAGCGAAUGAGAUCAGUAGGUGAAUAUUCCUCUCAAUAUUUUGAUCAAUUUAACUUUUUCUUUACAUCUGAUGAUAGUCAGCAAAUUCACUUAGUCCCUAUCUCUGAAAUUAAAAAAGAAAAAAGCUUACUCUUCUUUUAAGACAAUUUCAUCCUGCAUUAAGCAGGGUUUUUUGCAAUUUAUUAAAAUUUUAUAUGAAAUAUGAUAAAUUAGGUCUUCUGUAGCCAAAAAAAAUUUAUUAAUAGAGUUAGGAGUUAUUUUAGAGCCAAAUUCCCAAAUAUUACAAAGCCAGAAUCAACUUAAUGAAUCUGAAGAACUCAAAAGACUUAAAUCUUUUGAAAACUUAUUAGAACAAUGCUUAACACUAGAUCCUGCCGAUAGAAUUACACCUGAAUUAGCAUUAAGCCAUCCAUUUUUCAAUUAA